AUGGCGGACGUGGCGGACGUGGCAGACGUGGUCGACAUCAUGCCAGACUUGGUAAACCAUGCCAGCAGGAUAUUCAUGUGUUUGUUCUGCUUUCUGGGGAUUAUUCUACCUCUGCCAACUUUCCGUACCUACUACAAUGGCAGAGGUGCUCUCACCUUCUCUGGCUGCAACAUGAUCGCGCUCAACUGCCUCCUCUGCCUUCAAUACCUUAUCAAUGCUAUUAUUUGGCCCACCCAGGACAUCAACAAUUGGUGGGAUGGCACGGGACUUUGCGACAUACAGGCUCCUCUUAAGUACCCCUUCACUCUGUCUCUGGCAUUGUCACUCUGGCGCUUCCUGAACGCUCUUGCAAAUGCAGUCAGCGGUCAGCGUCAAUUCGGACUAUCGAACGCUGAGCAGCGAAGACAAUUAUUGAAGGAGGCACUGUACUGCUGGCUCGUUCCGCUGGUCCAGAUCCCUCUUAGCUACCUCGUCCGGAAAGGUCGCUUUGCGGUAGUCCCGGUAAUGGGCUGCGGGGACCUCUUAGAUGAUUCCUGGCUCAAGUUCUUGAUCAUCACGGUCUGGUGUCCCCUCGUAAUGCUUCUGACUUCCUAUUCAGCCGUUCGUGUUGUCGUCCGUGUCCUCAAGCACCGUCGAGAUAUCAGCGGUAUCCUAGUCAGUAACGGAUCGAAAAUUCGAGAUCGAAUGUUCCUCAGAAUGGUCACCAUUUCAAUUGUGGUGUUGCUAAGUUACAUCCCCGUCCAAGGCGCCUUUUUCCUCAACGCAAUAUCCUCGGGCGUCACGCGCUAUAGUUUGUUCGACAACUACUCCGACGGUUGGAAUCAACCAGACAAGGUAACCCUAGCUGAUUACGGCGGCCAGAUGAGUCAAUACAUUGGUUGGACUUCCGCGGCCUGGAACCUCGUGUUCUUUCUUUUCUUUGGUUUUCAACGCGAGUCAGUUAUCGAAACUCGUAAGAUGCUCGCCACAUUGGGAUUUGGCAAAUUCUGGCCGUCUCUUACCCGACCUCUUCAACCUAGGUGCGGUACUGCUUCCUCGAACAGAACCCUGCUACAAAGCAACCGUCUCACAAGUUGGAUGUUUGAUCCUGUCACUUUACGGUUCGACCCUUUCGGUAAUUUGUUGACUUGGCUCGCAACCAGCCCAAGACUGGACAAGUGGGCAGCUGGCACUCCUGGCAAGUUUAUGCAAUGGGCCGAAGGAGCUAUGGCUUCUACGUCGAAGUGGUUCCGACGUUGCUUGCAAUGGAAUUGGUCUAGCCGCCGAUCUAUCAGCAAUAACCAAGCUACGACUGUCGUUGGCGAAGGCCUCGAGUUAGCCGGAAAGAAUGCUUCUCAAACCACCUUUGAUUCUGCCACUACCGCCGAUUUCUCUUUUUAUGGCUCAACCAGCACGCUGUUUAACGGCCGGUUCCUAUAUCCCACCUCCUCUGCCGGCUCCACUAGUUCAAUUACUUCGUCGCCGCUCCGGAAUGAGGUGAGACAUGGGGAUAUACUCGAACAGACGUCGACGCAACCAACGAAUACUGCUUUCCGUCGUGUUGGCCCUACUGGUCUGUUCUCCACCUUCUUCCGUACUCAGCCCAACUUGCCAGCGAAUCCCUUCUCUCGUCGAUCAACAGCCAAUCGAACAGUUGCACCACUUCCGAAUGAAUUCAGCAUCCCCCGUGAACAGAGCUUCCAUAGUUUCAAAUCACAGUCGUCAGCAUGGUUAUAUCCUCGUCCAGACCUUGUCGCUACCCGUUUCUGGACUGGCAAUGCAUCUGAGACUGUCUGUGCCACUCCCGCUUUUUCGAACUCUGGUACUUCGUUCGCUGGUCCCUCUUCUUCCCCUGGAUACUUUGCUUACGCUUCUUCUGUUACUACUGAGCCGGCCAUCCCACUUGGUAUUCCGUCUUCUUCAACUUCCGACGCUGCUUCCGAUUUUGCUUCCGCCACUCGCGCUGCCCCUUUCGACACUCGUCAUCCGUCCAUUGAGCUCGACGACUUCGUCGGAUCCGAAGCUCACGCCUUUGGCCCUGAGCACUCUGGUGAUGACUAUGAUGCUGAUGACUUUACCGCUUCUGGCUCAGGCUGGAAGGGUAAGGGAAAGGCAAGCGAUGCUUGA